GGACAAACAAAAAAUCGAAAAUUCCGCUUCAUUGUUGUCUCUAAACGAUACUUCAAACAUCCAAACAUUUGAAACAGACGACAACAAUCAGCAUGAAAAUAAUGUUUAUCAAUUAGACUCUGCGUCUACUAGCCAGGUUUCCACCGUUAACGAUGAAUAUAUUGAAGUUAAGUUUCAUGUUCAUUUGCCGCAAUCUGUUAAAGGUAAAGGCGAUAUAUGUGUUGUCGGUAGCAUUAAGGAGUUAGGUGAAUGGAUAGAGCCUGUUGUAAAACUUUGCCAACAAAGCUCUAAAUUUUCGAAAAACAAAUCUAUUUAUUGGUUUUCAAAUAUCGUCAAAAUCCCACUUCAAGUUAUUGAAGAAAACCACAAAAUAACUUAUAAAUACGCAAUAUUUUUAAACAGUAAGCAACGAAAAGCAUUAAAAAAUGAUAUUAGUUUCGAAGGUUUUGAUGGUAAAUACGAACGUUUACUGGAAACAAGUCACAGAAAUCACUAUGAUAUAUGGAAAGAUAACGAUUAUUUUAAAAUAUCGUUUGGAAUUAAUAAUUAUGAAUUUGUGAAUACCAUUUACAAUACUUUAGAUGCUAAUAAUUUAAAUGACAAAUUAUUUGAAUUUGAUACUAUAUUUCAAAAGCACAAAGAAUUAGUAAUUGAAGCUGCUGGUUAUAAUUUUAAACCUCAUAAUUUACUCGAUUCUAUUAAUCAAAUUAAAGAAAGCACUUUUCCAUCACAAUUUUGUCAAAUUGCACUAAAAGGCAUUAUAGAUUUAGUAUAUCACAUUGGAAAGCAGAAUUCAUUGGAUUGGUUAAAUAUUUUUUCAGUCGCAAAUAUUUUGGAUAAAGAAUAUUCUUUCCUUGAUUCUUUCUCUGAUAUCAAUUAUGAUAAUAACACGAUGAAAGGAUUCUUUGAAGCUUUGCCGUCGUUAGUUAAACCAUACAUUGAUGAUGGUCUUGAUAUAAAUAUCUAUACAAAAAUUGCAAAAUGGCUAAUAGAAUUAUGUAAUGAUAUGAGUUCAAUAGUAAGAAUGUGGAGCGAAGUUAUUGUUCAUUCUUCAGAACUGGAUGAAAAACUUCAAGAAUGUAUGGUUAAUCGUAUUGAUCGCAUCAUCAGUAAUAAUAACUCUUUACAAGAUCCCACAACUUUACUUCGUCAUUAUUUAUAUAUUCCUAUUUAUAUCAGACAUAACAUGAAAAAAACUACAAGAAAAUGA